AUGCUCAGUUCGAUAUCUUCUUUUGCACGUUUUGCUCUAGACCAUUUUGAAGGUUCACAUAUUGACCUCAAAGGACUUGUUGAUAACACUAAUGGCUUAGUUGUUGUUGAUUUCUUUGCUGAUUGGUGUGGACCAUGCAAAAACAUUGGUCGCAUACUUCCAAAAAUUGCUGAAGCCUAUCCAAAGGUAACAAUACUGAAAGCUAAUGUUGACGAAUCCCCUGAUCUUGCUGAACAUUUCAAAGUCGAAGUUGUUCCACAAUUUAAGUUCUUCAAAAAGUCUGGUAGUAAUGAACUCAAAGAAAUCAGAACAAUUGUUGGAGCUGAUGUCGACACUCUUACCAAAUAUAUUGACGAACUUCAAUAA